AUGUCUCACUCAGGUGCUCAAGGCAGCAUUGGCAGCCAUUCUGCAAUUGGGCUGCGCAGUCACAAGAUAUACUUCUAUGAAUUCGAGAACUUCCAAGGCCGUAGGAUGGACUUGUUUGGAGAGUGCCGUAACCUCUGUGAGAAGGGUUUUGAGAGAAUUGGCUCCAUCAUGGUAGAGUGUGGACCCUGGGUUGGUUAUGAGCAGCAGAACAUGAUGGGUGAGAUGUUCAUGCUGGAGAAGGGAGAGUACCCCCGCUGGGACACCUGGUCCAACAGCUACAGGUGUGAUUCUAUGAUGUCAGUCAGGCCUGUCAGGAUGGACCCUCAGGAUCACAAAAUUUGCUUGUAUGAAUGUGCAAACUUUGAGGGUCGUAAGAUGGAAGUGUGUGAUGAGGAUAUUCCAAGCUUGUGGUCUUAUGGAUUCCAGGACCGUGUUGCUAGCAUUCAGGUUACUGGAGGAACCUGGGUGGGAUACCAGUACCCUGGCUACCGUGGCUACCAGUAUAUAUUUGAAUUUGGAGCCUUCAAGCACUGGAAUGAGUGGGGAGCCCACCACCCCCAGAUCCAGUCCAUUCGCAGGGUGAGAGACAUGCAGACACACCGCCGUGGCUGCUUUGAGCUCAUGGCAUAG